UAUAUUCUGGAAAAGCAAAGGGAACAAUGAUAUCACAAUUUUCUGAAGGAAUUCACGUAAACAAAGAUGCCUUUGAAAAUGGUGGACGCGACCUUGUCGACCUUCAACACAGUUUUCGAGAAAUUCAAAUCUGAAGCACCAAACAACAAAAGCAAUCUCAUCCUGUUCUUGGCGGAUAUUGAACCUUCCACUAAUCUCAGUUGGUGCCCUGAUUGUGUUCGAGCUGAACCAGUUAUAUACAAAAAACUCGAAUCAUCUCCUGAUGACGUGGCCCUCCUGAGGGCUUAUGUUGGUGACCGACCCACAUGGAGGAACGCGCAUCACCCAUGGAGGAUGGACACAAAGUUCAAUCUGAAAGGAGUACCAACUCUAAUCUUGUGGGAGAACGGUGAAGUUAAAGGUCGGCUUGAAGACCACGAAGCACACAUCGAACGCAAGAUUGAUGACCUUAUUGCUAUCAAAUGAACAUCUUCUCAAGUGUUUUGAGGUUCUUGGCACCAAAUAAGGUUCUUGGCACCAAAUAAGGUUCUAGUUACUAAAUGCUGAAAACUAUGUUUAGACUCAAAAUGGGAACAAGAUUUAUGAGCUUAAAUUGUGUGUUUUUGAUAUGAAUAAACCUCCUUCCAUGGUGAAAUCCAGCAUAAUUUGUGCUCA